AUGAGCACAUCGACAAGUGGGACUCCUUCGUCUGGUGGCGGUGGCGCCUCGCCAGCACCGACUCCUUCGUCCGUACAGCCGACACUUAAAGUGAUGCGGUUAUAUAAACCCAAAUUGUAUGUUCAGGGAGUUAGCGGUGGGUCCUUGUUGCCCACGUCCAUGUCUGAGGCUACUGCUACCCAGCAUGAGUUCGCAUUGUCUAGCAUGCUCAUUCUACCCGGCAGCUUUGGCGAAAUCUUUCUCGGCAAUACCUUUAGCAGCUACAUAAGCGUCAUCAACCCGUACUCCUGCGAUUUACGGGAUGUUGGUCUCUCAGCCAACAUCCAAUGCGCCAAUGACCGUGUGGAGCUCCAUGACAAUCGUUUUGCUCGAACAGGAAAAUUUCCUCCUCCUAAUCCUGUAGCAGUUUUACCUGCUGGCUCAAGUCUGGACAUGGUGGUAGACUAUCCGCUGAAUCAAGUAGGAAAUCACGUCUUGCGCGUCGGUGUAGCCUACGUGGAUCCUAUCACAGGCGAGAAUAAGACAUUGCGAAAAUUCUAUCGGUUUGGCGUACAGAACCCACUUGUAAUCACAUUCAAGCAGAAUUCGUCUCCACAGCAUGAAAGUGAAUCCAUAGUUGAGGCACAGAUUCGUAAUGUGUCUAAGUUGCCACUCUUUGUGGAUAGUAUCACGUUUCUGCCUCUACUUCCUUUUACGUCUGAAGAAAUGGCUAUUCACGGUACUGAUAUUGAAGAAAAGAAUACUUCACUCAGCAACUUGCUCGCGCUGAACAAUACGUCACAGACGCUUGUAUACCCUCAAGAAGAAAUCCAACGCGUGUUUCGGGUUUGGUUUGACCCAGCAUCGGACCCAACAUUGCUGAACACCCAGGGCUCACAAAGUUUAGGCCGACUACAUGUUGGCUGGAAAACGUCGAUGGGGGAAGCAGGUUCAGUGCAGAGUCAAUUGGUGAUGCGAAAGCUUUCGGAUACUGUAGCUGCACGAAACAGUAACGUUAUGAUAGCAAUAACGGAGGUUCCAAAAGAAGUUGCGGUCGGGCAACCUUUUAUUGCUGCUAUCUCAGUGACCAAUAAUACUGCGAAAAGCUUGACGUUGCAACUGCAAUACCGCAAGGAAAUGAUGCGUGGAAUCGUGUGUUCGUCCCUUUCUUAUCAGACUCUUGACUUGCUGGAACCAAAGACAAUGACAAUUGUUUGGAAAGAAUUUUUACCAAUUGUUGGUGGACUUCAAGUGCUUGGAGGCCCUGUGUGUGUUGACAUCCACUCAGGUCAAGAAUUAACUCAAAGUGUUGAACUGGCACAUGUUUUUGUUGUGUCACCUUCGUCUCCUUGUUGA